UCCGUUCCCAUGCAAGCUCAGUCUGCAAAAUAAGGUCAGUCUGUCAGUUUCAAGUCAGUCAUUUCAGAAGUGGCAGCCGGCUUGCAGCGGUCUACUUUAUAUAUCAGUGAUGUCAGCAGAAAACAUAUGGUCUGUAUAUGAGAACUGUGAACUUUUAUUAGAAAAUGCAAGUGCUAAAAGAAAGGAAGACACCUCUUUCAACUCUAGCCAUUUAAUUUACAAAUGUAGUGAGAUGGAUUCCCCCAAAGCAGAGAAGAAGCAGGCCUGUGACCCAGCAACUCCGCCUCCCCUUCCAGUAAAAGUAAAGAGGGAGCAAUUUGCAGCUCUUAAGAUGAACAGUAUCAACUCGGAUUUGGGCUUUUCCAGCGGUAGCAGUAACAGCAGCCUGUCGCAGGAUCUUGGCUCCCCUCCUCCCAAGGCAGACCCCAGUUCUGCUGCUGAAGACAGUGAUGUGUUUGAAAUAGACCCAAAUACCUACGUUAAUAUCGGACUCGUGCGUUCCCAAAUACAACCUGUAAAGAAUCCUAGAAAAGUUGCAACGAAAGAAAGAACAUUUUCUGAGGUCAAACUUGAUGACUGCCAACCCCCACCUCUACCACAAAAGAAACUGAUCAGAACACACUCUUUACCUCUUGGAAAAUGGAUAGGCAUGCAAUAUGACAAUCUUACGUAUGGGGUCAUGAAAGGAGAGCAGGGUUUCUAUGCCCCCAUACAUAAAGAGGCAAACAACAUGGAAAUAUGCACCUCGACACAGAACUUCAGAGAACAACACAUGGUGCAAAAAAAAAUCUCCACUUCAUAUAGUUUUGAUUGUGGACUCUCAGACAGCCCAAAAAAUAUGUCAGAAAUAUCUUCAGCUGCAGUCCCCUCUCAGUUCAGCUUGCCAUAUCUAAACUUCUCCACACCAGAUGAGCAUCUAAUUGCUUAUUUUAAGGAUUUUGGAGACAAAGAUGAAGUAUUUCAAAAAAUGAAUGAAUGUCGAUGGCAUUUCCUGCAUGAGAUGACGUUAAAGCUCAGGGACUCUCUGUCCACGGAAAACAAAUCAAAUGUAGAUCUCAGUCGAAAGAAGUGGUCUGAUUUUAAGGUUCUUAACGGUGCACCAAGUUGUGAGGCAGGAGAUGCAUUUUAUUAUAAUAUUGAUUGCAUCUCUUGCUUUGCAAAUUCCAUUACAGCAAAGGUCUACAAAGAGAAACCUGUACAAGAGCUCCCCAUACAGAAAGAUAUGAAACCACAUUUUAACAUUCAGCAGAUUUGUAAUUAUUUUUCCAAUAUCGUUAUUGGGCAACAUGAGCCUUCUGAAAAGUCAGUUUCCCAUGAGGCACUUAGAGAAGAUUGUUUUGGAAGAGAAGGUUUGGAUAUAGCCAGCAAUGGGCAUACAAGUGGUGAGAAGGAAACUGUUACAACUCAUAAUGUUGCUAUCUCUCCAGUGGCCCCCUACAAAACCUUGGCUGAGUUUGUGAAGGAAUCUGAGGAUUUUCACAUGUCUGAGCCUGAUACCUAUCAGCGUCAUGUCUGCCUUCUACUUCUUCAGCUGUGUUCAGGAAUUCAGCACCUAAAGUCCCAGAAUAUUGCUCAUUGCAAUCUGAAGCUUGAAAACCUACUACUGGUGAACUCCAUAGUGCACAAAGACGGUGAGCAAGAAAAUAAUGGUGAAUCCAAAAAGCCGCUGCUUCCUCGACUGAUAAUAAGCAACUUCUCCAAAGCUAAGCACAUGUCAACGGCAGACCCAGUGAAAACAUCCAGACUAGCACCAGAACUCCUACCAACAUCUCAGUACAAAAUGGCUGACGAAUUUCAAGUGGGCAUACUAAUCUAUGAACUUCUACAUCUUCCAAACCCCUUCGAAAAGCUUUCCAAGCUGCGUCUGGAGGAAUACCAGGUGCAAGAACUGCCACAAAUCCAGCGCCAGUCAGUCUACUCUCAGGGUCUGCAACUACUGGUUCAGCAUCUGCUGCACAACGACCCUCACAAGAGAAUACAUAUCAACCAAGCAAAGCACAUUCUGGAUGCAUUACUGUGGGGGCCACGUAUGCCACUAACUAAGGAACAGCCCACUUCUUAUUUGCUAAUUCAGCACUGGUUGGAGAUAAAAAGAACAUUACUAGUGCUGAAAUUUGCAAACACAAUUAUGGACACCGGAAGUAUGUUAGGGCUAGAAGACUGGUUUUGUUGUCAGUAUUUUACCUUUGCAACAGCUGAUACAAUUUAUAAUUCAGUAAAGUUUCUACAGAAGCUGUAGUACACAAGUGAUGCUUUUCCUCAUAUCUACCCACUGAAAAAGUUGUGCCUUACAUAAUAUAUUCCAUGUUGGUCUUACAAAAAUAUAUGUCAGUCAUACAAAGCAGCAAGACAUUUCAAAUUGGCCAUUAGAAGUGUUCCAGUGUAGCAAUGUUUGCUCUUAUGUGUCUUUGAACAUUUCUUAUAAUUGUUAAACAUUGUCAUACAGCAUUUUUGCAA